AACAGUCAGUUAUACUGUAGAUAAAGACCGACCAGCUCCUCUCUCUAUAUCUCUUUCUCUCUCAAGACCCGCCCUUUUAGACUCUCCAAUUCAAACACAAAAAUUAAAAACGGCACAACCUGCUACAUGUCUUAAUCUCACAGAUUCUUGAACGCCACAAAACACCUCUGGCUAACCCACCGUUCAUCGACUCGAAAGACACAGAAAGACUCGAACUUUCUUUGAUUUUCUUACUUUAAUGGAAGAAUUUCAAGAGGAUCAUGAAGACCCAGUGAGCCUUUACAUGUCUCUUGAUAAUUGGCAGGAUUGUUCUUAUUUACAAGAAACCCCAAAUGAGUCAUUCAUGGUUGGUUUUGUUAUAGCCAAUAUAGUGGGUUUACAGUACUACUCAGGCACAAUUACUGGCCGUGAAUUGGUUGGUCUUGUGAGGGAACCACUUAACCCUUUUGAUCAGAAUGCUUUAAAGGUACUGAACACUAGGUGUCUUCAAGUGGGUCACAUUGAAAGGUCAGUUGCUGCUGUUUUAUCUCCUUUAAUUGAUUCAAAUAUGAUUAAUGUUGAAGGUAUAGUGCCUAAUUCUAGGAGUGGUGGUAAUAAGUAUAAAAUUCCCUGUCAAGUUCAUGUCUUUGCUAGGGUAGAGGAUUUUGAGAGUGUUAAAACUGCGAUUUCGCGAGGUGGCUUGGUUUUACUUUCUCAAAUGGAAGUAGGUUUUGGGUUAUCUGAGGCUAUGGUGGUUAAAGAAAAGAAUAAGAAAAGUGGGCUAAAGAGUUUGGAUGAGAUAUUUAAAUUGGUUGAUGAGAACGUGAAUAAGAAAGGGAAAUUGGGGGCUUUAGAGCCUCCAAAGGAAGUGAUAAAGUCUCAACUUUUUGAGCAUCAAAAAGAAGGGUUAUGGUGGUUGGUUAAUAGAGAGAAUUCUGGUGAACUACCUCCUUUUUGGGAGGAGAAAGAUGGGGAGUUUGUGAAUGUUUUGACGAAUUAUCAUACUAAUAGGAGACCAGAGCCCCUGCGAGGUGGGAUUUUUGCUGAUGAUAUGGGGUUGGGCAAGACUCUAGCUUUACUUUCUUUGAUUGCUUUUGAUAAAUGUGGUGGUGCUACUGGUGUUGUUGGAGGCAAUAAAGACAAUGUUGCUGAAGAAAUAGGUGGGGAUGAUGAGGAUGUAUCUGUUUCUGGUAGUAGGAAGGGUAAGAGGGGUAGAGUGAGUAAAAAGGUCAUUGGAGGACGGAAAAAGCGUAAAGUUGAGGAUACCCUUUCAGAUGGAAAUGUGAAGGGAAAGUCUGUCCUCAUGGCUGAUAAGUCUUCUGGUGUUCCAUGUACUAAGACUACAUUAAUUGUGUGCCCUCCUGCUGUAUUUUCAACAUGGAUAACUCAGCUAGAGGAGCACACUCAGCGUGGGUCAUUGGGUGUAUAUAUGUAUUAUGGGGAAAGGACUAGAGAAGUUGAGGAGCUUAAGAAGCAUGAUAUAGUAUUGACAACAUAUUCUACUUUGGCUGCCGAGGACCCAUGGGAAGACUCCCCUAUGAAGAAGAUUGACUGGUGCCGAGUCAUUUUGGAUGAGGCGCAUGUGAUUAAGAAUGCAAAUUCUCAGCAAAGUCGAGCAGUUACCAAAUUGAAUGCUAAGCGGAGAUGGGUUGUUACAGGAACGCCUAUCCAGAAUGGAUCACUUGAUUUGUUUUCUCUGAUGGCCUUUUUGAGGUUCGAGCCAUUCUCCAUCAAGAGCUACUGGCAAAGCCUAUUACAGAGGCCACUUGCUCAGGGUAACAAAAAAGGGCUCUCGCGACUGCAGGUUUUAAUGGCAACCAUUUCUUUACGGAGAACAAAAGAUAAGGGUGUAGUUGGAUUGCCAUCAAAAACUGUAGAGACACAUUACAUCGAACUUUCUGGUGAAGAACGUGAACUGUAUGAUCAGAUGGAAGCAGAAGCCAAGGGUGUUGUCCAAAAUUUUAUCAACACCAACAAUCUAAUGCGCAACUUUUCGACUGUACUUUGUAUAAUUUUACGACUUCGCCAGAUAUGUAAUGAUUUGGCAUUGUGUCCUUCUGAUCUGAAGUCACUCCUCCCCUCUAACAGUAUUGAAGAUGUAUCCAGUAACCCAGAAUUGCUUAUGAAGAUGGUCACGGUGCUACAAGAUGGUGAAGAUUUUGACUGUCCGAUAUGCAUUUGUCCGCCAACUGAGACUGUAAUAACACGCUGCGCUCACAUAUUUUGCCGACCAUGCAUUUUGAAAACCCUGCAGCGCGCCAAACAAUGCUGUCCACUUUGUCGCCGUCCUCUAUCCGUGUCUGACCUGUUCUCAGCCCCUCCUGAAUCUUCUGCUUCUGACAACGCAAACACAUCUUCAAGAACAACUACGUCUUCUAAAGUCUCAGCUCUCAUAAAACUCUUGAUAACAUCGAGGGCUGAAAACCCUGCAAGAAAGUCAGUAGUUUUUUCACAAUUCCAGAAGAUGUUGGUAUUACUUGAGGAGCCACUAAAAGAAUCUGGUUUCAAGAUCUUGCGGUUAGAUGGGUCAAUGAAUGCAAAAAAGAGAGCUCAAGUUAUCAAGCAAUUUGGAGUGCCAGGACCAGAUGGACCCACAGUUCUGCUUGCAAGUCUAAAGGCUUCAGGAGCUGGUAUAAACCUUGCAGUUGCUUCCAGAGUCUACUUGUUGGAGCCAUGGUGGAAUCCAGCAGUUGAGGAACAGGCUAUGGACCGUGUCCACCGUAUUGGACAGGAGGAGGAUGUAACAGUUGUGCGGCUGAUCGCUCAAAGCAGCAUUGAAGAGAGGAUAUUAGAGAUGCAGGAAAGGAAGAAGAAACUGGCAAAAGAAGCUUUUGGAAGGCGAGGAACAAAGACCCAAAGGGAGGUUGGCAUAGACGAUCUCCGUGCACUUAUGUCCUUGUGAGUUCUGACUCUCACAGCAUUUCCAUGUGUAUGGAUUCACUCAACACUUAAUCAUACAUGUAGUGUAUAAUCCGGAUAGGUUUAUGCAGCUUCAAUGGCGUCCUGGUUUCUUUGGGCGGGCGGCGGCGGGGGGGUAUACAACUUAAGGUGCAGAUGAUGCACAGGCACAAGGCUUGUAACCAUGCAAAACUUUUGGACAAGUUAGCCAUCUAUCUUUAAUUUUUGAACAAAAAACAUCCUUGAUGGUUAGUUUUUAAAAUUUAAGAGCUUGGUAAUCACUAAGAAUUCUUAUGUUU